AACACUAGUUGUUUUUAACUUGAAAUGAAACUAAAACGAGAGACGUGUCAUUUGUUGAAUUAAAGUUCUCGGCAAUCGGUAAUAUAUUAUUUUUAUACAUAAUUUCCUCUUUUUUUGUCUUACACUAUUAUUACUUUUCGCUUUGAACAUAUCAGCGGCAUCAUGAGAAAGUUAAAAGGGGCAGUGAAGGAGACUGCAAAGCAAAAAAGGGAAAGGAAACAGGAGUUUGCCAAAAUGCGUCAACAAAUACACACUAUUGUUUUGCCAACUUUCGGUGUUAUCUUCUUACUUAUUUGCACCUAUGUGUAUUUCAAAACCAGGCCUACAUCGAUGCAAUAUGCGUAAAAUAAUCUAGUUUUAACCACUGUAAAUAAAAACGAGAAAAAUGUUAUUGAUAAUAUAUUAUUAUAUUGACAUAGAAAAUUUUAGGCAUGGUUGUGAAAAAAUGUUAUUGAAAAAUUCUCACCAAAACCAAUACAAUGUUUUGGAAAUCAUAAAUCCAACUCGUCAAUGUUUUAAUGCAACAUUCCAUAAGUUUAAACAUAUCAAAGUUUAAUGUAAAUAUUUACUAAUAUAUUUAUUAAAUUAUUAA